CAGUGGCAAUGACCGAACUCUUGCAGCCGCUAUGACCCUCCGCGUUGCGCCUCUAUGCUCCGUGGUGAUCUUGGCGUUCCUGCUCUCGCUUGCUCACCGACCUGCCCACGCCGAUCAGGAGCAAGGAGAACACUUCUACUAUCUAGAACAUGAUCAUUACGACGCGGAGAAUCUCACCACUGCUCUGGUAUAUACUGUCUCUCCUGUACCUACUUUGCACCACAAUGAGACCACACACGAGGAAAAAGACCCACUCUUUCCUAAAGACCUCUUCACCCAAGAACAACGUCGCAAUGGAGCUAUUAUCCUCCACAUAAUCGGCGUUGUUUACAUGUUUGUCGCUCUAGCCAUCGUUUGCGACGAGUUUUUUGUGCCAGCACUUGAUGUCAUCAUCGAGAAGUUAGACAUUCAGGACGAUGUGGCCGGGGCAACUUUUAUGGCAGCGGGGGGUUCAGCCCCAGAACUGUUUACCAGCGUUAUUGGUGUUUUUGUCUCGUUCGACGACGUCGGUAUUGGUACCAUCGUCGGUUCGGCGGUUUUUAACAUCCUAUUUGUUAUUGGAAUGUGUGCGAUCUUUUCCAAAACCGUUCUAUCGCUCACGUGGUGGCCUCUCUUUAGAGACUGUUUUUUUUAUUCCGCUAGUCUCAUUACGCUCAUUAUUUUCUUCAGAGAUAGCUACAUUUAUUGGUAUGAAGCGUUAGUGUUAUUCAGCUUUUAUAUAGCAUACGUCAGCUUCAUGAAAUGGAAUCAACCAAUGGAGAGGCUUGUUAAAAAACUUAUAUAUAAGAACAAAGUGACCAGGGUUAGAAGUACUGAUCAACUAAUGCCUACGUCUGCUUCAGUCAGUAUCAUAGACAGUAACAAGGUCAGUAGAGUAUACUGUUACCAACCUUUGUUGUUACCUCUUCUAUCCAAUGCUCUUACUGCAAAGCUCAAUCUGUAUAAACCGUCUUAUUUUUGUACUUUACAUAUUUAACAAAAAUGGAAUCAAUUCAUAUUAUAUUUCUUUUAUAUGAUUUUACCAAGUAACAUUGUAAAAGAUAUUUUUGCUAAAAUAACUUUGUAAAGCUUAUAUUAA